AUGCUUUUCAGGCGGGGAGCAUCUCUCGCUAGGGUUCCCCGCACCUGUAGUCACAGAGCAACUUGGCAAAGGGUUACCCUAUCGCAGACCCGAUGUCUUAACACAGAUCUAGAUUCCGCAGCAAAGAGCCAGAAUACUCUUGAUGCUUCUCGUGUUUCGAAAUCCCCUUCCCCUCGUUGGGUUGCACUGAAAGCUGCUAAGCCUUUCUCUGCGUUCCUGACCGAUACCUUCGAUCGCCAGCAUGACUACCUCAGAAUCAGUGUCACCGAACGAUGCAACCUACGAUGUCUAUACUGUAUGCCGGAAGAAGGGGUGCCGGUCUCCCCUCCCGCUCAUCUUCUGACGUCUCCCGAAAUCACCUAUCUAUCGUCAUUGUUCGUUUCCCAAGGUGUAUCGAAGAUUCGUCUCACCGGCGGGGAGCCCACGGUUAGAAAAGAUAUCGUUCCUUUAAUGCAAUCUAUCGGCGAGCUACAACGCGAUGGGCUUAAGGAGCUAUGCCUUACAACAAACGGAAUUUCGCUGCAUCGCAAGCUAGACCCGAUGGUGGAAGCGGGGUUGACCGGAAUAAACCUCAGUCUCGACACUCUGGAUCCUUUCCAGUUCCAAAUAAUGACGAGGAGAAAUGGAUUUCAGGCCGUCAUGCAAAGCAUUGAUAGAAUCUUGGAGAUGAAUAAAGUCGGCGCAGGCAUCAAACUGAAGAUCAACUGCGUUGUUAUGCGGGGUCUCAACGACCGCGAGAUUAUUCCGUUCGUUGAGAUGGGCCGCGACAACCCCAUUGAAGUGCGCUUCAUUGAGUACAUGCCUUUUGAUGGCAAUAAAUGGAGCCAGGGAAAGAUGUUUUCCUACCAGGAGAUGCUCGCUAUUAUCCGAGAAAAAUAUCCUACGGUGGAAAAAGUGGCAGAUCAUAAAAAUGACACCAGCAAGACUUACCAGGUUCCUGGGUUUCAGGGUCGAAUCGGGUUCAUCACUAGUAUGACCCACAACUUCUGCGGCACUUGCAACCGUCUCCGAAUAACUUCCGAUGGAAAUCUCAAAGUUUGUCUAUUUGGAAAUGCUGAGGUGUCGCUGCGUGACAUCAUUCGGAGGGGAACCGGCGGAGAGCCUAUCAAUGAGGCUAUCAUGAAAGAGCUCGGUCUUCUUGACGCAGCACGCACUGCUGCUCGCAUCCACGAUGAGGGUGGUCUUGUUCAUGAAAGAGAAAAGGAGCUUCUUGAAGUUAUUGGCAUGGCAGUGAAACGGAAGAAGGCAAAGCAUGCUGGCAUGGGACAAUUAGAGAAUAUGAAGAACAGGCCGAUGAUUCUUAUUGAUAAAUCUAGGGAAAUCCAAGAAACUCCUAGGUACUUCCCUCGACGGCUGGUAACCCCUUCCAACGGGUAUUCAUGGACCAAGGUUCCGACGCAUAUGCUCGACUUCAGGGCACCGAUAACGAGCCAAGUUCGAUGCUAUCGCCCAAAUCGUAGUGGCUUGAACUCACAAGCGACGCGCAAGGGCAGUGAUGCAAAUAAAAGCUCUCUACCAACAGCCUCGGACCCAGACCUUCCCCAUCUCACACCCUCGCAGAAUGUCCAUAUGACUCUGAUCGAUGAGAAGCCCGUGACCAAACGACUUGCAACAGCCACCUGUCUGGUGUCCUUUUCUAAUGCGCGUCCAUGGGAACUGCUCCGAGAAGGACGGGGUACACGGAAAGGAGAUGUCUUCAGCGUGGCACGGAUUGCCGGUAUAAUGGCUGCCAAGAAGACACCAGAUAUCAUUCCACUUUGUCAUCCAGGUAUCGGACUUACAGGGGUAGAAGUAGAUGUCAAGUUGCUUGGCCCAACAUCUUCGGACAAGGGAGCAGACUCAUCGAUGAUCCAUGGGGGCAUGCAUGUCACAGCGACUGUGAGUUGCCUUGGACGAACUGGCGUCGAGAUGGAGGCAAUGACAGCCACCAUGGGCGCUGCAUUGACUGUGUACGAUAUGUUGAAAGCGGUUGAUAAGGGCAUGAUCAUUGGUGGCGUGAAGCUUAUAGAAAAGCAAGGCGGAAAAAGUGGACACUGGAUUCGUGAGGAAGCGCUUGGGAACGAAAAUUCUUGA